ACUGUGUCGUCAGCAGUAUGUUGAUGUUGUGUGGCAACAGCAGGACCGAGGGACGGAAGACGGUUUGUUUUUGUUCUGUUAUCCGCCGUUCUGUCCCUCAAAACCACCUCAUAUUGAAUUCAGUUCGCUCCGGGGUGUUAGGAGCGAGUAUAACGAUUUAAAAGACGCUCGAGUUUAAAUGAUAAGACGCGUUCAGAGUCGUUAAAACGGAACGGUCAUGACGAUCCUGCCGAAGAAGAAGCCGAACUCAUCGGUCGGUGUGUCUGAUCACCCCGAGGACCCCGACCGCCGGACUGGCUCCGACCAGCACCAGCACUCCCACGGGGUCCGGCCAGGUGCGAGGCCCCGCGCUUCCCCCCCACCCUGGUCAUAUCAAGCCGCUCCGCCGCCGUCCAGAGACGACAGGCGGACUGAAUCCAGCUCCCGGCCGCAGCAGGCCUCUCCUCCGCCGGUGGGCGCCGGGUCUCCGGUUGGCCCGGGGGAUGCGACGGGGAUGGCGUGCGUGUCCGGGGGUCGGGCUGAGCUGUCAGGUGGGGUGGGAUGUGGAGGUGGGAUGGGAGGGUGUUGCUCUGGUCCUGGGCUCAGUAAGAGGAGGAGACAGGCGAGCUGCUCCGGUGGAGGGACCGGACCCGGGGCGACGGGGGGAGGAGGCGGCAGUGGAGGAGGAGGGGGUCCCAGUCCCGAGCAGGAGGAAGGAGCCGGGUAUAACAGUGAGGAUGAGUACGAGAAUGCUUCGAGACUACAGUCAGAGGACCCAGCGACUGUAGAACAGCAGGAACACUGGUUUGAAAAAGCACUCCAGGAAAAGAAAGGAUUUGUCAUCAAAAAAAUGAAGGAAGAUGGUGCCUGCCUCUUCAGAGCUGUUGCUGAUCAGGUUUACGGAGACCAAGAUAUGCACGAAGUCGUCCGCAAACAUUGCAUGGAUUACUUGAUGAAAAAUGCAGAUUACUUCUCAAACUAUGUGACAGAGGACUUCACUACAUACAUCAACAGAAAGAGGAAGAACAACUGUCAUGGAAACCAUAUUGAGAUGCAGGCUAUGGCAGAGAUGUACAAUCGGCCAGUGGAAGUUUAUCAGUACGGCAUAGAACCAAUCAACACGUUCCAUGGCAUCCAUCAAAAUAAUGACGAGCCAAUCAGAGUUAGUUACCAUCGGAACAUUCACUACAACUCUGUAGUGAAUCCCAACAAAGCCACGAUCGGAGUUGGGCUCGGACUUCCUGCCUUUAAACCAGGGUUUGCAGACCAGUCACUCAUGAAGAAUGCCAUUAAAACGUCAGAGGAAUCCUGGAUUGAGCAACAGAUGCUGGAGGACAAGAAGAGAGCCACGGAUUGGGAAGCCACCAAUGAGGCCAUAGAAGAGCAAGUGGCCAGAGAAUCGUACUUACAGUGGCUUCGAGACCAGGAGAAACAGGCACGGCAGCCGCGCAAGGCCAGUGCUACAUGCAGCUCCGCCACGGCUGCGGCCUCCAGUGGUUUGGAAGAAUGGAAUGCCCGAUCCCCACGACAGCGCAGCUCCGCCCCCUCUCCAGAGAUUCCUGAUCCUUCGCACUCGGACACAACCGCAAAGCCCCCCUCCCCGGCCGGAACGGCCCAUGCACUAUCCAAACCCCCAUCACCCUGUGCCCCAGGUCCCAGUAACCAGGCUUGUGUUGGACCAGACAGACCCACCUCAUCUUCUCUGGUGUCUCUGUAUCCAGCACUGGGCUAUCGGGCCAUUAUGCAAGAGAUGUCCCCCACUGCUUUUGGCCUAACAGACUGGGAAGAUGACGAGAUACUGGCUUCCGUCUUGGCCGUGUCACAACAGGAAUACCUCGAUAGCAUGAAGAAAAACGCCAUGCAUAGAGCACCUUCUCCAGACAGCAGUUGAUAAAGGAGGGUUGAAGCACAAUCUGCACCCAAAGCAGGAGGCAGAGACAUGGGAUCAAACCAGUCACAUUCUCUCUCCAUCAUCAUGCAGUUCACAUGGUCCUCUCAUUCCUCCCCCCAUCCAUCAGUCCAUCACUGGCCUCAGCCAUUCAGCAGUUAUGGCCCAUUGUUGUUGAUACUCACCUUACCACUCCUUUUCUUUCGUAUGCCAUUCACCCCAUCACUGGACUUCUUAAGAUGCAUGUGAAAAUAAACAUGACUGAUAUCAUUAUAGAACACCCGGGGAAGCAAAAGUUAUUGAAAAACGUCAUACUUUAUCCUCUUAAUGAAUUAAUAUAAUCUUGUUUUAUUUUCUUGUUUGGGAUGAAAAUACUUUUUUUUUCUUGGAUUAAAAAAAAAAAGAACUUUCUGAAGAAAUAUACUUAUUUGCUGGCAUCCUUUUUAUACAGUCUUGAUUUCUUUAAUAUAUUAGUAAGUUUUGUUUGUGAUUUAUGUGAAUAUGCAAUAUUUUUGAUGACUUCACUAUUGAUUUCAAAUGUGGAAACAGUUUUAUUAAAGAAUGAGGUGUGUCUGAA